AUACGUUAUCAAAUGCUAACCACACGUUUGCGUUUAGUGACCGAAAGAACCAAACUGAUAAAUACUUCUUCUCCUAUGAGAAUAGUUUUUGGUAAAACUUACAUAAUGGGAAUGGUUUUUGGUAAAAUCGUUGUAGAGACUCCUAAAUACACGGUGACUAAAUCCGGCGAUGGUUAUGAGAUCCGUGAAUACCCACCAGCGGUUGCGGCGGAGGUUACAUACGAUGCGUCGGAGUUCAAAGGUGAUAAAGACGGAGGCUUUCAGGUUUUGGCUAAGUACAUAGGCGUGUUUGGCAAACCGGAGAAUGAGAAGCCGGAGAAGAUUGCUAUGACUGCUCCGGUGAUCACUAAAGAAGGUGAGAAGAUUGCUAUGACUGCUCCGGUGAUUACUAAGGAAAGUGAGAAGAUUGAGAUGACUUCUCCGGUUGUGACUAAGGAAGGUGGAGAAGGAGGGAAGAAGAUGGUGACGAUGCAGUUUUUGUUGCCGUCGAUGUAUAAGAAGGCGGAGGAGGCCCCGCGUCCGACGGAUGAGAGGGUUGUGAUUAGGGAGGAAGGAGGGAGGAAGUAUGGUGUGGUUAAGUUUAGUGGUACGGCUUCGGAGAGUGUGGUGAGUGAGAAGGUGAAGAAGUUGACUAGUGAUCUUGAGAAAGAUGGGUUUAAGAUCACCGGAGAUUUCAUUCUUGCUAGGUAUAAUCCGCCAUGGACGUUACCACCGUUUAGGACCAAUGAGGUCAUGAUUCCUGUUGAAUGAAUGAUCCAAAGUUUCCAGCUUUUGGUUUCAAGAACUUGUUUUUAGUUUGUUUCACUGUGUUCGUAGUUGUAAGAAGCAUAACAAUAAUGUAUACAAUGUAAGCUUUUGAAGUUAAAUACUAUAGAAUGAAUUGCUUAUGAAGUU